GUGUGAUUGUGAAAUUGAGUGCCUGACAACAUGUCCACGUUCGGAGCCGAAGUCGAUGCAAUUUGGCCACCAGUGGAGUCUGCGCCACCGCCGCUGAGUCCAUUCGGGCGACGGCUGCUGGAGCAGUGCAAAUCCGUGGAACAGCCGGAUCCGGGGGCAACUGUCGAUGUGCGCGCCUUCAUGCGAAAGUCUACCCAGUUUCCGCUGGAGUUCGGCGUGGAGACGUGCCGAGUGCAGAGUCAGCCAAGGGAUCGGCACGAGUUGAUUGGCAAGCAGAUCGCCUCCGUCUAUCCCCUGAUACACGAGCGCACCUUGGCGCUGUACCUGGCCUACCUGGAGCACAAGGGGCAGUGGGGCAACGCUGUAGAGCUGCGCGUCUAUCGACAGCUGUCGCUGGUGGACUUUGUGCAGCGUCUGCUGAGCAAGCGCUGCGCCAGCUUCUUUGCGCGCAACGACAAGUUCUUGCUGGUGACGGGCGAGCGGGGAGCCAGCGGCUUUGAGCCGAUUGGGAGCCUGAAGGAGCAGGCGCCGCUUCAGUUGGAGCACGUGCUCAGCUAUGACGAUAUCAAGCUGUCGGCCCUGCUCUCGGUCAGCUCCCACACGGAGUUCAUCAACGAGGGCGAGCGCACCAAUUGCGGCCGUGUGACCCACAAUCGGAAGAGCCUCGAGACGGACGGCGUGAUAGUGGGAAUGAUCGGUGCGCGACUUUCGCGUCGCAAUCUGAUGGAGUUCCAGGAUAUUGUGAUAGCGCGCACGCAAAACACUCCGGAGAAUGGCUAUGGACAUGAGGUUGAUGCGCCCGCCAACAGCCGAGCGGAGGACUAUCGCCGGAUCUGGCGCGGCUUCUAUGAGACGCGCGACUUCCUGCGCAACGAUGUGGACAUCGACGGCAAACGAUUUGGAGUGUCGGGCAACAAGCAGGAUGUGUUCGAUAAUCUCGUGAUGAAACGUCGCUAUGCCAUCAGCUUUGACAUGUUGCUGCUGGAGGCGGAGGCACGCGCCGCCAGCGCUGGCAAACAGGCGUACAUCCACGUUGUCGGCUUCGGCCUGGGCGUGUGGAAGGUAGCACCGCAGCAGGAGCAAAUCUUCCUGGAGACCUUCGAGCAGCGUUUGCGUGUGCUCAGCGCCAGGCUCACCCACAUUGGCGUCGUCCACUUUUCCUGGUUCAAGCUGGAACGCUGCGGCGGCAUCCACAAUGGCGCCAUAAUCGAGUCCUCGCAACACCCGGACGGCGGUGUUCGUGUGCAUCUGUCGAAGCGCAAUCCGGCCCAGAAGCUGACCAUGCCGGAGCAUGCCAACAUGCUGCUCGUCGUAUCCUAUGCCUGGGAUGGCAAUGCCUUGCCCGGCAAUGAGUUCUGGAUGAAAAUGCUGAAGUCAACGGGCGACUCAUCCACGGCCUGCUCCACCCUCAUCGCUGAGCUGCACAAUCCCCACAUCAACGACGACUACUGCAAUGGCCGUAAUCUGCAUAUUGCCUCGCCCAAAUACGGCGUGCUCCACAUAUCCGAGUAUGCCAAGCGUGUGCUGGAGACCAAAUCUGCAUAGAUGUACCUCACACCCACUCAAAAUAUAACCCU